CGCGAGCGCUGCACGCGCGGAGGGCCCCGAGGCGGCGGCGGUUGUUUGGCGGUGGUUUGGUGGGAGACGACUCGGGGUGAAGAAGACGAACCUCGCUCGUGGCGCCAUCACACGGCGUCUCGCCGCUGCUGCAGGCAGCGAGCCGGGCAGCCAGGCGGGACCUGCGCCCGGGCAGAAGUGAUGCCCUCUGCCUAGGGAGCCGAGAAGCGUGCGAUGGAGAGUGAGGCGGACACCGCAGCCAGAGAAGCGUCUCACGGCCAUCCUGAGGCUCAGACUGCCACGUGGGUCCCGGCCCAUGCCAGUGAGUCAGGCGUGUGCUGCAGUGAGGAGGGCGAGGAGGAGGAGGAGGCUUGGUUCGGCUGGGAGGAGUACCUCGACGAGAUAGGAGCCGUCGCUGCGCCACACACCAGCUUCUUGCACGUGGAGCGGAGCCUACAGAGCAGUCUCAGCGCCGGCAUGCUUCUGGAGGUGGCGAACGGUGGCGCGCCGCCCGCCACGUUCUGGCCAGCGGAGGUGGUGAUGACUUGCGGCCCGCUGCUGCUGCUGCGACCCGUCGGGCACGGGGGCGACCGCAGCGCCGACUUCUGGCGCGACAUCCUGACGGCCGAGCUGCACCCCGUGGGGUGGUGCGCCCGGCACCAGCGCAGCCUGGUGCCACCGUGCGUGAUCAGAGAGAAGCACCCGCGCUGGGAGGCGCUGCUCGCCGAGGGCCUCGCGAACGCCCGCACCGCACCACCCAGCCUCCUGGAAGGGCCCAACCGUGGGCGGCCACCGGUGGAGCUGAUCGUGCCGGGCGAGCGGCUGGAGGUGCGGGAGGCCACGGGGCGCGAGUUGCGGGCGUGGCCGGCGGCCGUGGUGCGCAACGUGGGCGGCCGCCUUCGGCUGCGGCCGUGCGGGCUGGGCCCCGAGGAGGCGGCGCGUGACGCGUGGCUCUUCUACCUCCACCCGCGCCUCCACCCGCUGGGCUGGGCCCGCAGGAACCGGUGCGCCGUGGAGCCCCCGGCCGCCGUCGCUUCUCUGCGCACAGCGGAGCAGUGGGAGGCGGCGCGUCGGGAGGCGUACGACCCGGACGCGCGGGACGCGGUCCCCCCAGAAAUCUUCAAGGAGGUGGCGGAAUCGCGAAGCCAUCGCUUCAGCCAGGGCAUGAAGCUGGAGGCCGUGCACCCAACACUGCCCUUCAGCAUCGCCCCGGCCACAGUCACCAAGGUGCUAAGCGAGCGGUUUUUCGUGGUGGAGAUGGACGCGGCGGGUGGGGAGGUGGCGCCGCUCGCCCCCCUCGUGUGUUCCCUCGAUGGCCCCAUCGCUCUGCCAGCGCAGUGGAGCCUCAAGAACGGGGUGCCCUGCACGCCGCCCCCCGGCUAUGAGGGACAGGAUUUUGACUGGGCCGAGUACUUGAAGAGCUCGGGAGCGGAGGCGGCGCCUGGUUCGUGCUUCCUGACGGACGAGCCGCAGCACGGGUUCAUCCAGGGGAUGCGCCUGGAGGGGGUGAACCCGCUGCUUCCCAGCGAGCUGUGCGUGGCCACCGUCACACACCUCCGCCACCACCUCAUGUGGCUGCGUCUGGAAGGCCUGCAGCAGCCGCAGCCUGACUGCAUAGUGGACGUGCGCUCCAUGGACAUCUUCCCCGUCGGGUGGAGUGAGUCCAACGGUUACCCGCUGCGGGCGCCCCGUCGCUCCCCACCUGUCGGCGUCGCCCACAGGAAGAUUGCCGUUGUGCAGCCGAAGCAACAAGUGCCGGUGCCAUUUGCCGCGGGGGAGACGCGGGCGCGGAGGGAGCUGUCGCUGCAGCCAAGCGACACGGGACCCGGCAGUGGCAAGUACUGCUGCCCCAAGAUCUUCAUCAACCACCGCUGCUUCUCAGGGCCGUUCCUCAACAAGGGCCGCAUCGCCGAGCUCCCCCAGUCGGUCGGGCCGGGCAGCUGCGUCCUCGUCCUGCGGGAGGUCCUGUCGCUGCUCAUCAACUCCGCGUACAAGCCCAGCCGUGUCCUACACGAGCUACAGCUAAAGGGGCAGCCGCAGUGGGGAGGUCAAGAGGAGACGAUCAAAGCCAAGUACAGCGGGAAGCGCUAUCGCGCCAAGGUGGAGCUGGUGCGCAUGGCGGAGCAGGUGGCGGACUUCUGUCGCAGCACCUGCGUCCGCCUGCAGUGCUGCCCUCUGCUGUUCGGCCCGGCCUCCACCACAAGCUGCUGCCCCGAGAGCUGUCACACCCGCACCAAGACCAAGUACACGUACCACCACGGCAGGAGGCGGUGUCGGCGUGUCGUGCCGAGGUUGGCGAGCGACGGUAACGACCGGGGCCCGAAGCUGGCGCCGCGGAACGGCCUCAAGAGGACGGGCACCGCCUCCAGCGUAGACAGCUCCUGCGCCGGCUCCCCGCAGAACGGGACGCAUGGGCUGGAGGGCGAGGAGUGCGACGAGGUGGAUGAGGAGGAUGAGGAGUCCGGCAGCAGCAGCAGUAGCGCCGCGUCGUCAUCGUGGGCGGGCGAGGAGCCGGCGUCCACGGUCGCCGCGGCGACCGCCGGCGUUUUCUCCUCCUCCUCCUCGCUGGCGCCAGUGCGAGGAGCCGGAGCGACGCGCAAGCCGCCCCGGAGCGUCGCGGCGGCGUCGCGGCCAGCGCCGCAGCUGCCGACGCUGCUGGUGCUGGAGCGGACCAAGCGCAAGCGCAAGAUUCGCUCAUUCUCUUCGGAUGACGAGCAGAGUAAACCGCGGCGCAGCGGCGGCGCAAAGCGGCCCAAGCAGGAGAAGCCGGAGCCGGCGGCCGAGUCAACGCGGCAGCCGGUGACGACGCCGCAGCAGCAGCAGCCAUCGGCGGCGUCGGCGCCAACGCCGGCGCAGCAGGAGUUUGCGCUGGAGAGCAACCCGCUGGGGUGGAGCGUGGCGGACGUGGUGCGGUACAUCAAGAACACCGACUGCUCCCCCAUGGCACGGCUCUUCCUUGAACAGGAGAUCGACGGGCAGGCACUGCUGCUGCUCACGCUGGCAACGGUGCAGGAGUGCAUGGACAUCAAGUUGGGCCCCGCCGUCAAGUUGUGCCACCACGUGGAGCGGCUCAAGGCCGCCUUCUACCGCCAGUUUGCACGCUGACGAGCUUGCUGGCGAGUUUGCUGGCGAGGUGACUGGCGAGGCGGCUGACGGAGGUGGCUGGCGACGUGGCUGGCGACGUGGCUGGCGACGUGGCUGGCAACGUGGCUGGCGAGGUAGCUGGCGACGUGGCUGGCGAGGUGGCUGGCGAUGUGGCUGGCGACGUGGCUGGCGAGGUGACUGGCGAGUGGGCUCAUGAGGUGGCUGGCAAGGCAGCUGGCGAUGUGGCUCAGGGGGCUUGGUUUACAAUGGCCGUGUCGGGAGGUACCCAGCCACCGAGCCGGCAUGAAGGGAUGCGUGGGUUUGGCAAUCGCCGUCGUUUCCUCCACUGCGGAUGCUCGCACGACAGAGUCAUGCGUGUGUGAUCCAUGUUCGUUUUUGGGUUCGGCCCCAUGUAGUUUGUUUUAGUUAAAUUCCAAAAUUCUUGUCGUUGGCCCUCCACCACCCGACGUGGUUGCCACGUUUACGCAGGUGUUCAGUUACACGCGUUGCUAGUGUACCGAUCAUAUUCUGACCGAUGGGGAUCGUUAGGUGGCUCUCGAGGUCUUUUCUGGACAGCAUUCACCACGAACGACGUAUGACGAUGGUCGGCUAAAUAAUAAUAACGACGCCUGUGUGAAGGUGCCGAUCUCGUUGGACCGUGGAGGGUCAUGACGAUAAUCUUGGCAUGAAGACAAACCGCCGUGCGGUUCGACCCAAAAACAAACGCCGGACCCGUUGCGCUGGCCACUAGGGCCUCUAGCGCGUUAAGUCUCAACGGGUUGAUUCUCGAAUCGGUAUCGCGGGUCUUGCAACGCGGGACGGUUGAUCUGAACCCGCCGCUCAGACGUGGUACGUCUCAAACUUACGUGGCCGUGACGUGCGGUACGGAUUUCGAUGGAGCAGUAGCGCACUCGCGGCGUUGCGUGCGCGGCAGCUCUUGGCCUCGAUGCAGAGCCACCGGUUCGGAAGAACCCCAUCUUGGUCACCAUUGUCUCUCCGGCUGCCAACUCGAUACACGUGGACAACCGACACGUGGCGCAGAGUGAAGCGAAGACACGACCGUCGAGCGGUUUCGUCCUCCUUGUUCAGACUCGUCAGCGCAGCAUGGCCAGCAAUGUUCGCUGCUGCCACUUGCCCUGGGAACCCUUACAUGGAGAGAACUUGUACCCCUACACUCUCCCAUUAGCUCUCUCCCAUUAACUCUCCCCAUUAGCUCUCUCCCAUUAGCUCUCCCCAUUAGCUCUCUUCCAUUAGCUCUCCCCAUUAACUCUCUCCCAUUAGCUCUCCCCAUUAGCUCUCCCCAUUAGCUCUCUCCCAUUAGCUCUCCCCAUUAGCUCUCUUCCCAUUAACUCUCCCCAUUAACUCUCCCCAUUAACUCUCUCCCCAUUAGCUCUCCGCAUUAACUCUCCCCAUUAGCUCUCUCCAUUAGCUCUCCCCAUUAACUCUCCCCAUUAGCUCUCCCCAUUAACUCUCCCCAUUAACUCUCUCCCCAUUAGCUCUCUUCCCAUUAACUCUCCCCAUUAACUCUCCCCAUUAACUCUCCCCAUUAACUCUCUCCCCAUUAGCUCUCCCCAUUAGCCCUCUCCAUUAGCUCUCCCCAUUAACUCUCUCCCAUUAGCUCUCUCCCAUUAGCUCUCCCCAUUAACUCUCUCCCCAUUAACUCUCCCCAUUAACUCUCCCCAUUAACUCUCUCCCCAUUAGCUCUCCCCAUUAGCUCUCUCCAUUAGCUCUCCCCAUUAACUCUCUCCCAUUAGCUCUCCCCAUUAGCUCUCCCCAUUAACUCUCUCCCAUUAGCUCUCCCCAUUAGCUCUCCCCAUUAGCUCUCUUCCAUUAGCUCUCUCCCAUUAACUCUCUCCCAUUAGCUCUCCCCAUUAACUCUCUCCCAUUAACUAUCCCCAUUAACUCUCCCCAUUAGCUCUCUUCCAUUAGCUCUCUCCCAUUAACUAUCUCCCAUUAGCUCUCCCCAUUAACUCUCUCCCAUUAACUCUCUCCAUUAACUCUCCCCAUUAACUCUCCCCAUUAGCUCUCUCCCAUUAACUCUCUCCCAUUAGCUCUCCCCAUUAGCUCUCCCAUUAACUCUCCCCAUUAGCUUUCUUCCCAUUAACUCUCUCCCGUUAGCUCUCCCCAUUAGCUCUCCCCCAUUAGAGCUCUCCCCGUUAGCUCUCUCCCCGCUAGUGCUCGCCUCGAGGCUCUAAUAACUCGGAGAGCUUUGGUUCAUGCGAUGCACACAUGUGUUUACACUCCGGCCUUCCACCCGUCACUCUGCUAUGAUGGGUUGUCUUCUCACUGCUGAAUCUGAGGUUCGCCGCACUGGAACAGGUGGAGGAAUCGGCUCGGGUCGAUAUGUUGAAGAAUCAUAGUUCCACGUAUCCCGAAGCGGCCGGUCACCCCAGGGGGCCGAUACCUUCCAGAGAUGCUGAGCCAUCACCGCCGAUAUCCGAGCUCUGAAUCUGCACGUCAGCCGCACCCGUUAAUUAAACUGGAAUUCUCCAGAGCAGCCACCAUUUUAUUUGGUUUUAUAAUGUAAGAAUAUACUUGGGCAUAUUCCGGCUUGGGGGGCGAUGAAGGGUUUCCAUUUGACCGCCGUGAUCCCUGUCCAGCGCCUGCGUUGCGGAAAGAAAUAUAUACAGAGCCCCCGAGACGUUUUUAUCGCUAAUUCUUUUGAACGUUAUGAAUUGCUGUGCAGUCGUGCCUGCCGGUGCUGCCUGGCGAUUUAACCGGAUCGUUUUAGUGGCGGCUUCACGCGAGUUACAUUUUAACCCUUGCCCAUUCCGAUGACGUAGGUGUGUACGUCCUACAUUUUUCUGUUGACUCCAUUCUGAUGACGUACACGUACGUGAUCGUAACGGAAUAGGAAGAAAAAUUAUAAAAUUACUUUAUCGGUACCGAGGCUCCCACAAGGCCAUGCGGGUGGACGUGAGGCACGGUUUGGCGCCAGCUAUCGUAGAGUGGCGGCGGUCGCAUCGCUACGGUUUUCAGCGGUGAGUAACAACGUCUUUAAAAAAGGGCGCUGCUGCUGCUACGUUUCUCGAAGUAAAAUGACCGCUGAGCCGCUCACGCUUUCCGAGAUUCGGUGGUGAACGGGACCCACCCACCCGGAAACUCGGCGUCUCCACGUCCCUGACGGUUCGCGCCGUUUGGUUUGCGCGCGGCGGGGGAUCUGGCCGUCGUGCGUUCAAGUCGACGCGGGGAGGAGAUCUCCCCGACGCAGACUCGCCCGCGGCACACCGCGCCGGCCAUCGCCCGACAGCAGAUGCGGUCGCGAGGCUUUUUUGUUUGUUUGUUUUUACAGAAACGACAGGAAUGUGCCGAUCUGCACGAGCUCGGUUAUUUCAACGGCACUCGAGUGGCAUUAACGACGACGUCAAUUCACUGGGGUUAUGAUCCCGGCGGCGGAAAGAAAUUCGUAAUCACAUUUAACGCACAGCGGCUGCGGCGUGUUUGCUCAGGCAGUUUUUUUGCGAUUCACAAUUCAUGCCUUGGGCGAGGCCGCGGAAUGAUUGGACCAAACAUUGCUUUGAGAAAUUGCUCUCGGGCAAGGUGAUUUGACACGAUGAACGCUUGUUGCACGCGAGCGUUUCUGUCGUUUGGAUGUGUGGGUUAGCUGAGGAGGGUCUUGAGGACACAUACGGCCGGAUCAUCACCGUCGCCUGACCCACCCGAAAGUUUAACUGCGAAUCGUGAUAGCGACACGUUUAGAUUGCGCCUGAAGAGCACAGUCUCGCUCGAGUGCAGCUUCACUUGAGCCGCCACCGUCUUUCUGUCCGGCAGUGGAACUUAUGAACUUGUUCCCCCGGUGCGAUUGUCGUCACGACGGUGCCCUCUGUUCUUGUUACACGGCCGCGUUUUGUACAAAACUCUUCGAUUAGACCCCCCCCCCCGCCCCCGAGUCUGCGCCGGGGAGCACCACGGCCCGGCCACGGCCACGGCCACGGCGGGAGAGGUUGGAGAGAGAUGCCGCUGCUGCUCGUGCCAAAUGUGGGCCCCGUUUUUAUUUUGGCCGACCCGUAGUUUGUCUGAUUUCGGUCUGGAGACUCACUUUUCCCCGAGUCUCAAGACUCACUCUUCACGGUUGGGGGGGCCCUGCUUCCGGCCGAUUAGCCAAUGUUCCUGAAGGACGGAGAGACCAGCGAUCCUACAUCACUCUGUCGUGCCUCCUACAGUCAGUGUGUCUCAAGCACACGGGGACAUCGGCGAUAGUGGUGGUGGUGGUAGUGGUGUCAGAGGUGUUCGCUUGCACCACUUGCCCCAGCAGUCUGUUCAGGUGAUACAGGGGGUCUUUGACUUUGGUGUCAGCGUGAGCCACCAACCCUGCCCUCCGAGCGUCUGGAGGGCAGGUUUGGUGGGUCACGCCGUGAUGCUUUGGCCAACACCAUGGCAACUCGUACACGCGUGCGGGACGGGCCUGCUGUGGGGUUAACGCGGGUUUGUACCGGCAGCAGCGUCCGACUACCCAGGAUCAUGGAGGAGGAGGGGGGGGAUGGCCCACGUGUGGAACAAAGCACAGGUGGAGGAGGCCCUGUCGCGAUGCUCGUGUACAGCUGGGGGUUGUGGACGAGGGUGUCGCCUGCUCUGUGCCAUUGCUGUUUUGUAACUGCGCCUGUUCACCCAGGAGAGCCCUCGUCGAGUUGCAGGGAUCUCUCAGGAGGUGGUCCCCGCUCAGGUUUUGUUUUUAAUCGUCUGGUGGGGGGGGGGGGCGACGCUCACCGAGCGUUUCCCCAAAUCGGCGAUCUGCGAGCAAAGAAUGUUUUUUUUUUUUUACAAGUUUGGAGCACAAUGGCGGCGGCAGCGGCGUUGGCACGUAGCGGCUCUGGGGAGGCAGCAGACUGUGCAUAUCCCCGGCAAGUCAGCCCCGGCUAACACCGCCGGUUGUAUUAUCCGGGGCGGUCUGCUGGACUCUCAAACUGCAAACCUCUGCAAUGAGAAGCAAAGUCAUUGCCUCCCCGUGGUUUUAAAAGCCGCCGGUUCAUCUGGUGGCGUCUUGUUCGUGGGAGCCGUGCGCCUCUUGGACUAUGAAGCCCCGGCGUGUUGAGUAAGAAUAUUGACUAAUUGUAUGCGUGCUGAACUUAUAUUUUAAGUACGGUUACUUCCGCAGCCCGGAUGAUGAUCAGCCCACGGGUAAUGGAGGUUUUCGCUGUCGUUAACAAACCAAUGGCCAUUUACAAAUCGAUGUGACGGACCAGAACUGACCUCGUGGGAAGCGUCUACGCAUUUAUAUUUGCACCUUAAACAAACAAAAAAUGCCGAGAGAAAACAAAAAAAAUCAUUGAUGAAUCCCCAACGCUGCCUGCGCAUCUACGUCGGUCGUGCGUGAAGCUCCCCCCCUCUGUCGGACUGUGCCGGAGAGAGAGAGACAGCGCGCACAAAGUUCUCUCUGUCAGACUUGCGGAGUUCAAUUCCACAGCUCGACAACCUCCCUCCUCCUCCCUCUCUCCCCACGGGGGGAGCAGGUUAGUCCAGGUGAACGGGCCGAAUGCGUGAGCUGUAAAUCCCGCUGAUGUGGGUCGGCUUAACGAACUGGAUGCGAGCGGAGAGGGGCGGGUGCGCGCUGUUGAUUGAUCUAUCGGUGACGCUUCGACAGAACGAAGAACCGGCCCGCUGCAUGACCCCUCGGCGCGAUUCAAAAGCAGCAGGCGCGCCCGUCGUGUUGCGUCGGCCAGAGGUCCUCGGGCGCUGCGUUGGCGCUGCGUGCGUAUUAAUGCAACGCGCGUACGUUAAAUGCCGUAUGCGGUUGGCAACGCAUUGAAUGUGCGGUGAAAGCUGCUCUCGCGGAGUGCGAUAAUGUACGAUACAAACCACUUUUGUUGUUACAACGGGAAAAUUAUAUAUAUAUUUUAUGCAGGAUAUUUUCGAUUUUAAAUCUGCUAUUCCCCUCCGCGCUCUUAAUAUGAAUAUAUUCCCGAUUUAUUAAAGAACCACCAUCACUAUGCCGA